UCUCUCUCUCUCUCUGUCAAACCAUACUCUUUCUCUCAAAUCUUUCUCCAAAACUUCAACUUUCUCUACUGCUGCAAAACCAACAAAAGUUUUCAUUUCCAGUUUUUGAAACUUGGGUCAAAGAAAACAUCCUUGUGGUUAUGUUUGGCUCCUGGUUGGGUUCCAUGGUAUUGGUGACCUUUGAAUGCGUCAUUCUAUACACUUUACCUAUACUUAUUCAUGUCAUUUCAGAGAUCACACUAUAAAGUCCACUAACCUUGUAUCCAAACAGUGGUACAAGGGAAUAGAAAGAGAAACUCUGAUUGUAUGCUGAAAUUUUUGAUUCGAAGAAGAUGUCGUUGCUCUCCGAUCUGAUGAACCUUAACCUCUCCAACGCUACUGAGAAGGUGAUUGCGGAAUAUAUAUGGGUUGGUGGAUCUGGUAUGGACAUGAGGAGUAAGGCACGGGUCUUGGAUAUAAAGACUCUUUCAGGUCCGGUUAAUGACCCUUCCGAGCUUCCCAAAUGGACCUAUGAUGGUUCCAGCACUGGUCAAGCUCCUGGAGCAGAUAGUGAAGUGCUAUUAUUUCCACAAGCAAUUUUCAAGGAUCCAUUCAGGAGGGGUGAAAACAUUCUGGUUAUGUGUGAUACUUACAAUGCUGCGGGAGAACCCAUUCCUACCAACAAGAGAUAUAAUGCGGCAAAGAUAUUCAGCCAUCCUGAUGUUGUUGCUGAAGAACCCUGGUAUGGCAUUGAGCAAGAAUACACCUUGUUGCAGAAAGAUGUCCAAUGGCCUCUUGGAUGGCCUAUCGGUGGUUUUCCUGGACCCCAGGGACCCUACUAUUGUGGUGUUGGUGCAAACAAAGCUUUCGGACGGGACAUUGUGAACUCGCAUUUCAAAGCCUGUCUUUAUGCAGGCAUUAACAUUACUGGAAUUAAUGGAGAAGUGAUGCCUGGUCAGUGGGAAUUCCAAAUUGGUCCAUCGGCUGGCAUCUCUGCGUGUGACGACUUGUGGGUUGCUCGCUACAUUUUGGAGAGGAUCACUGAGAUUGCUGGGGUGGUGCUUUCUUUUGAUCCUCAACCGAUUAAGGGUGAUUGGAAUUGUGCUGGUGCUCACACGAAUUUCAGUACCAAGUCCAUGAGAAGUGAUGGUGGCUAUGAAGUAAUCAAAAACGCAAUCAGUAAGUUGGAAAAGAGGCACAAGGAGCACAUUGCUGCUUAUGGAGAAGGCAAUGAACGUCGUUUGACAGGAAAACAUGAGACAGCUGACAUUAACACCUUCAUAUGGGGUGUUGCAAACCGUGGUGCUUCAAUUAGGGUAGGGAGGGACACAGAGAAGAAAGGGAAGGGAUACUUUGAGGAUAGAAGGCCUGCAUCUAACAUGGACCCUUAUGUCGUCACUUCGAUGAUUGCUGAGACAACCAUUCUUUGGAAACCAUGAAAGUAGUCUGAGAGCAAUCACACGUGUCUUCCUCAGAUCUUUGUUGCUUAUAUGUUUACUAUGAUAAUUUGUGCUUUUUAAUGUUUUCUUUGUACUGUUUGGAUGUUAGGUCAUGUUUGUUGGUGCUACCAAGUACCUGAUGAAGAAUUGUUGUUUCAUUUCCUCUGUGUACAUUUCAAGUUUUGGAACCUCAAGUAGCAAUAUUAAUGUUAUUUUGUGUGAUUUUCUUUUGUU